AUGGACGUUGUCAGAACUUUUCCAAAAAAACUGAAAGAAAUUAUCUAUGAAGGUGGACACAAGUCUGCUGAAGACGAACUAAUGCAGUUUUUGUUCACAAAUUAUUCUAAAGCCACGAGGCCAAUCGGCAAAACAAACGACUCAGUACCAGUUCAGUUAUAUAUGACAUUGAACCAACUAAUCGAUGUGGAUGAAAAAAAUCAAAUUAUUACGACAAGAAUUUGGUUGUAUCAGCAAUGGAUCGACAGUCGGUUGACAUGGGAAUCAAAUUCCUCUUAUCAGAACCUUCCAUCUCUUGUUAUCUCCAUGGAUACGGUGUGGUGCCCGGAUACGGCGCUUCUAAACAGUGCCGAUGAUCAGUUUGACGGCUUCCCACGUAUCGUCAUUAGAGGCCUUACUGCUAAUCUGUUCAAGGAGGGCACAGUAAUUCAGGUAGUUCCCGCCAUUUUAAGAACACCCUGCAAUAUGGAUAUAACAUAUUUCCCGCUCGACAAACAGACUUGCGAGAUUGAAUUCGGCCUCUGGAUGUACGCUGAUCGACAAGUUCAGUUGAUGUUGUCGAACGAGGAAGUACCGCGAGAAAACUUCAUCACCAAUUCCGAGUGGGAGAUAUCAGCUGCUAAAGGACGCACUAUGGUAAAAGUUUUCACCGCCACGCCAGAUUCUUACACCAGUAUUAUCUUUGACUUGACUAUUCGUCGGAAACCGUUGUAUUACACGGUUAAUUUGAUCUUGCCAUGCGUGUUGGUAGCUGUUCUCACGGUGGUCGUGUUCGCCCUGCCGUCCGAUUCCUCGGACAAAGUAAACCUUAGUAUUUCAUUACUGCUGACUCUCUACGUCUUCAGUAUCUUAGUAACGGAGCUACUGCCCCCAACGUCCAACAUGAUCCCAUACCUCACAGCCUACUUGAUAUUCAAUAUGAUGCUGAUUGGCAUAUCCGUCGCCAUGACAACAGGUGUUUCAAUCUUGUGCCAGCAAUCCAGUGGGAAGAAACCCGUCCCUGGGUGGGUAAGGAAGGUUUUUUUCCGCGUUCUUGCUAAAAUCCUUUUUGUAGAAACAAAACUAGUUCGACCGACAGGAAUCCCAAACUCAAGCUCUAUUUACAGAAAAGCGAACCGAACUGCUUUCAGAGAGAGGAGAAUAAUAGCGCACAUCGACGACCACGAAACGCCGGAAGACGAGGCGAAUCUUCUGGAAAACAACUCGUCAACAGCCAAGUUGCUCAACUUGGUAAAAGACAGACGUCCAUAUAAAGUGGUUAACUUUAAUAAUACAGGAAAAACAAAAAGAAAUAUUUCAGAACUGUCAUUGCGCAUGCGUGAACUGACUGAUUAUCACAAACAAGUUCGCACGACAACAGAGAGGCAAAUUGAAGUCAACACGACUAAAAUAGUGAAAUAUAUGGAAGUUUUACUCAGGAGGACACUACCAAAAGAGAAGACAAUACAGAUUCAGUCAUUUGGAUUUACAUCACCGCUAGUGGAUUACACGGUUGAUACACUGAAUUACGUAAAAUAA